AUGGCAACGAAUAUCACUUUUCACCCCGGCAAUGUCACUUAUGAUGAGCGCAGCAGUCUUUUGAAUCAAAAGGGUAUGACGAUUUGGUUUACUGGUCUAUCUGCUUCUGGCAAAUCCACUGUGGCUGUGGCUUUAGAACAGCACCUGCUGCAUCUGAAAAAGUCUGCCUUCCGUCUGGAUGGUGACAACAUUCGCUUUGGCCUCAAUAAGGACCUCGGAUUCUCACCUAAGGAUCGCGAAGAAAACAUUCGUCGCAUUUCUGAAGUAUCGCUUCUUUUCGCCUCGUCGACGGCCAUCGCUAUUACGUCGUUCAUCUCACCGUACAAGGCAGAUCGUGACUUUGCACGCGAGUUGCACCGGAAGCACAAUCCUGAACUACCGUUCAUUGAAGUAUUCGUGGAUACAAGCGUAGAAGAAUGUGCGAAGCGCGACCCCAAAGGCUUGUAUAAAAAGGCUUUUAGUGGCGAAAUCAAAGAGUUCACCGGCGUAUCGGCUCCUUACGAAGCGCCGGAAAAUCCUGAGAUUCACAUUGAUGGUGCGAAGUCCUCUGUUGAGGACAGCGUAAAAACCAUCAUGGACUUCUUGCUGUCCAAGAAGUACAUCUGUUAA